AAAUGUCGAACAGUCGUCAGUUUAGCGAGAGCAGGGCCAUCCCGACCAGGACGGUGUUGAUCAACGACUCAACGCAGCUACCUCAUGACUACUGUACCACCCCUGGAGGCACUUUAUUCUCUACCACUCCCGGAGGAACGCGGAUCAUCUACGACCGCAAGUUCUUGCUGGACAUGCGUAAUUCGCCCAUUGCCCAGACCCCGCCCGCUCACCUGCCUGUUAUCCCUGGCGUGACCAGCCAAAACACGCCACAUGAGAACCGGAAGAAUGAAGCCAACAACCACGUCAACAAUCACGACGGAAAGCCUACGACCGGUGACGACGCUCAGUUUGAAAUGGACAUCUGAAAGACUGGCACCAGCACACAAAAACAAACAAACAAACAAACAAACAAGUAAAUGACCUGGCAUGCCCUGUCAUGUCAGUGGCUUGGCUUAUAGAAACAAAUGUGUUGUUGAGCCCUCAUGGCAGCCAUCUUCUUUCGCUCUCCACCUCGCUGCUCCUGCUGGAUGUCAUCUGUGUGUGUGUGUGUGUGUGUGUGUGUGUGCGCGCGCGUGUGUAUCAGAGAGAUACAGUGCAUACUGUCUGGUACGGCGGGGGGCUCACUCUGGAAACUGGGUUAAUUUGAAUAGAAUUCCAUAGCUGCUGUACAAUUCAGCCAUACAACAAAGGGAGCUGGCGGGAUGAUUAUGCAUCCACACACACAUGAAUGGCAGUGAGCUCAUUAACAGAGCACACCUGACUUAUCGCAAGAGGACAGGGCUGUGUUUUUUAUUUUAGCCUUAAUGCUUUGAACUUCAUUAUAGACUUAUUUAAAAAAAAUAUAUAUCUCUAUAGAUAUAUAUAUAUAUAUAUAUAUAUCAUUAUUUGUUUUAUUUUAUUUUUGGAUUAGGAACUAUUUGAAAAUCGCCACAAUGUGCAGUUUGGUCUAUUUACGCAUGUACAGAUUUUUCAAUAUAUCAAUGCAAACCGCUGCAAUUUAAAAAAAUGACAUUGAAAUAAAAAUAUUUUAUACUGUAAUUGAAGGCCAUAAAAUUAAAUGUUGGCCUUUCAUUGUGAUAAUUCUGACCAUUCUGUGUGGAUGAUCACUAUUUUGGAAAAUUUGGAAAUUGUUAUCAAUUGUGUUCUCUGGCAAGAACAAAUUACAUAAUAUUUGUUUCUCCAGGCGAAAUAGUAUGGGACAGGCCUUUUUGGUUGACAAGCGCUUAAUGUUGAAAAACAGGUGAAAACAGGUGGGAAAUUCUCACUAAGUUUAUGGAAACUUGAGACAGGAAAUUUUCAAACUUGGACACUUGAAAAAAAAUUAUAAUGACAAUUAAUAGGAAUUAACUGGAAAUCGGUAGUGAGAAAAAAUGUAGGCAAUGAACAUUUAGUUUUGUCACGAGGAGACAUGCAUGAAAAUAAAUAAUUUUUAUAUUUUUUCAUCUGGUUAUAUCAUUGAAAAACAAAAAACAAGAAUGUUGCAUAAAUUAAAUCCAUAUCCAGGUUAUCCCUGUAAAUUCACAUUACAUCCCAAUGAAAGUGUCCUUAUUUGAAAAUUUCCCACAUUUUGUAACACUGAUGCAAGAAGGGAGGUGAUACUUGAUUUAAAUAUUCUGACCUAAUGUGGAAAUUGUUCAAGACCAAUGUAGAUUUUUUGGGGAAAACUUGAAAUGAUCCAGAUAUGGUGUACGCAUUUAAUUUGUAUUUUUUUUUCAAAGAUACCGUUUUCUGUAUUAAUGGUCUCGUUUGCCUGGAGGUUAAGCAAACUUUCAGCUUGGUCAAAAGUGUCUCAGAGUUUUGAUGGUGCCAUUCCAUAAUCUGCAAAACUGUCCCCAGUGUCUUUAAUCCAUUCUACUGUAAUGACCUUUUUUAUUUAUUUUAAAUUUUUUUUUUGGUUAAUAUAAGUGUACCCACGCCUUACUUAAAUGCAAUGCAGUACAUAAAUCUACAGGAGUCAUCAUUUUCUACUACUGCAAAACAGAUGUUUUUGCCCCACCCCCCCCCCCCCCGACCCCCCCCCCCCCCAACUGUAUAAACGGACAUUGUAUUCAGCAACUGAAGAAAACAGAUUCUUUUUGCUUUUGUUUGUUGAGGUGGAGUUUGAAAGAGUGACAGGAAACAUCACAUCACAGUCAUUUGGGUCAAUAUACGGUUAUGAUACACCUCAAAUAUCCAUUUUCCAUUGCAAAUUGAUUCAUUAUUAAUUUUGUCUAGCAAAAUUCUUGAGUGCAAAGGUCAUUAAAAUCGGUUUGAUUGGACAAUGAGCGCUUAAAAAUCGUGUGAUUUUAAAACAACAAGAAAAGAUUUGGAACAAGCUUUGAUUUGAGAUAACUAUUUUUCAUGAAAGUCAAAAUUCCAGUGAACGCUCUUGCUACAAGAUCAAUAAAAGUUCCUUAACAAGGAAAA